UGAAAAGUGUAACUUGGUCAUAAAAACCCAGUGUUCUGACCCCGGCGGUGCUCGGGGCUCUCGUCCCGUCCGCGUGCCUCGCAGGCAGCGUGGAUGUUGUCUUUGUUGCCAGCUGGUCCAACUCGGCGGAUCGUCCGUGUCCGUGUGUCCGUGUGUCCGUCCGUGUGUGUACGGGAACGCGAACGGUCGCCAACCGGUGAAAACAGAAACGUUUAAGUAAGCUUGAGGGUGAGGGUGUAAGGUCCCAGCCACGCGUCUCGUGUUCCUCGUAAAGGAACCAAAGCAGUAGUGUUUGAACGUGGCUGCCGCCUCCUGCGAGGUCUAACGCAGGGUUCGGUUAACACGCAGGUUGCCGUGCUUCGUCGCUUGUGGUGACAACACUGUACAUCAGCUGUACACAACACAGGUGCAGAGCAGUGAUGUCACAGAACCGAGGAUAGUCUCAUACCAUAUGGAGUCUGGAGAGCGGCUGUCCACCCCAUCGUCAGCCCCAUCCUCCCUUCACAUGGCCUCCUCUUCAGGCAGCUCCUCCCCUGCGCCACCCCAGACACCCUCGACCAGAUGCAGCCCAGCCCCUAACCCUGCAGGCAGUUCCCCUCUCACCACUUGUGGCCCUUUGCUACAGAUGACUGGGGAUGAGUGUUUGAAUACGUCUGGCAAGUCCAACAGUUUUCCCUUUGUCAGCCAUCCAGCUUUUGGGCUUUACUCAUCAAGUUCAGGCCGGUCGGAGUUUGGAGGUCUAGGUCGUCUGGGUUUGUCUGCCUUUGCUGCUCACCCACAGUUUGGUGCAUUUCCAGACUGGUGGUGGCCAUCUGAAGCACAUACCAGAGGAACAGGAGCCUUCUUCCCUCCUCUUCUGGGUCUGCAUCCUGUAUUUACAUCAGCCUUCAAGAGCCACGAUCCUGCUCAAUCGCAGUCCCGUACCUCAGUUUCUGUAGGCGUGGAUGGAACAGUGAAUGGUCGGAGUGGUGCCUCUCCUGCUGAGAACUCUGCUGCGAACAGCGAUUCAUUUCCAGCAAAGGGAAACAAGGAGAAAACUGAAGCCAGCGGUUGUCCAAAGAGCGGCCAGGACCCAGGUCAACUACACCAGAAGACUGUUCAGAAGACAAAAGAAAAGAAACCCAGCAAAAGACUACUGGAAACCUCAAGCAUGAGCGGCAGCCAGUCAGGAUCCUUGUCUGAUAGUUCCAGUGAUGAUGAGGAGAGCAGCAGUGAUGCUGAUGACAUGGAGGAGGACGAGGAGGACAAUGAUGAAGAUGAGGAUGAUCAGAGCAAUGACAGUGAGGACUUUGAUUUCGAAACAGAGGGUCAAGUUAAACGGAAAGUCAAGCGGCUGACACAGAACACUGCUGAGCGUAAAAAGAGACCUUGCACCGCUGAUGGAAACACAACUCAAACCAGUCUCCGGGAUGGAGUUUCUUUGACUUCCUCGUACCGACUCCAGUCUUCUUCUCAUCCGGCUCGCCGGCCUCAGCCCACAGCUCGGUUUCUCCAGAGCUCCAGGACGGCGGUGGAGGAGGCAGGCCAGCAGCACAUCAGUGUCAUCCAGGCCACAGGGCUGGCAGCCAGCAGCAGCAGCAGCAGCAGUCCCUUUACACAGUCCCACAUGGAGGUCUCUCCUCUGCCCUCCAGGUCCUCACCCAACCCCACAUCCUUCUCCAACUCACCCAAACACUUACCUCCUUCUCCCUCACCAAAGCAUAGCUCUGUCUCUUCUUCUCCCAAACCUCUUGCUCUCUGUUCCCCACUGAAACCUCUGUCUCUGGGUUCCUCACAUAAACCGUCCUUUCUUUCAUUGCCCAAACUUCCCUCCCUCUCUUCUUUACCCAAACCGCCAACACUGUUAGCCUCACAAAAGCCCUCACACAAACAAAGGCUUUUGAUGCCCUCUCCAAAGUGCACGCAGCCUGUUGAUAACCUUAGGGAGAGCAGUGGAAACCUCCCGGCUGAAAUCUCAGUAAACUUCAACAGUUUUAAAUUGAGAAAGCCUGUCCAUUCCAAGGACUCUUUGAAGCAGCCUUUCUCUGUGCAACCUUCGAGCCAGAACUGCAAUGACACCAAUCUGUUCCUUAACCAUCGCCCUAAUGGAGCGUUCCACAGCGAAGUUCAGGAUGCCCCUUUGGCUCUCAUCACGAAGCCCCGCAGCCAGAGUAGCACCCUUAACAACAAGCCUCUUCUAGCAGCCACCAGCCCCUCCGACCCAAUGCCCAUCAACUUGAGCACAUGCAGCAAGGAACCAUCAGGCAGCUCUGCCUCCCUACUUAAAUCAUCUGCCUCAGCACGACCUGCUCAAGGACCUAGGGAGACCAAGACUUCAAAAUAUCUGCAUACAGGAAGGAGUCUCCCAAAAACCCUCACAUCCUGUGCACCUGUUGACUUGGUCAGAGGCAGUGAGUCUGAUAUGCACAGCAGCAAGGACUCGGACUCUGACUCUUUGGGAGAUGACUUCGAUGAAGACGAUGAAGAUGAUAUUGAGGAUGAAGAUUCUGGUAGUAGUCUAUCAGAGUCGGAGAGCAAUCUGGAGAGCGACUCAGACAGCUCUGAGGACGACAUGAAAGAACGCGGUGAGACAGAAGCAGAUAGCGAUGCAGAAAGGACUCCCCUGAAACUAGCCACUCACAAGUCCUCCGCAAACCUCUCAGCCAAUAGCUCCCUGCUCGGCCUGCAGGUCAUCAAGCCUCGUAGUUUACCUGGUCGUCUACUCACCCCCACCAGACUGACCAGCUCCGCAGCUCUGAGUAACCACAGCACGCCGUCCUCAUCUUUCACACUUGCCUCACUGCCAGGAUCAGGAAAGCGGAGGAGAGUGACAGAUGAGAGAGUUCUACGACUGCCUCUUGAGUUUGGAUGGCAGAGAGAGACCCGGAUCAGGACGGUGGCAGGUCGUCUACAAGGGGAGGUGACAUACUUUGCACCAUGUGGGAAGAAACUGCGUCAGUAUCCUGAUGUGAUGAAGUACCUGCUCCGGAAUGGAAUAACUGAAAUCUCACGGGAUAACUUCAGCUUUAGUACAAAAAUUAAAGUUGGUGACUUCUAUGAAGCCAGAGAAGGACCAGAGGGUCUUCAGUGGGUUUUGCUGGCUGAGGAGGAGAUAGCUCCCAGUAUCAUAGCAAUGGAUGGCCGCCGCAGCCGUCGCUUAGGGUCUGAGCACCAACCGACAGGUUGGAAGGCUCAUCCUCUAAACGUUGGUGAAAAUAACUUCCCAGAUGUCAAUAAUGCCAAGCUGCAGCGCAAACUGGAGGCUCAAGAAAUAGCUCGACAGGCUGCUCAGAUCAAAUUGAUGAGAAAACUAGAGAAGCAGGCCAUGGCACAAGCAGCCAAGGAGGCAAAGAAGCAACAAGCAAUAAUGGCUGCUGAAGAGAGACGGAAAAAGAGAGAGCAGAUGAAGAUACAUAAACAGCAAGAGAAGAUCAAGCGCAUUCAGCAAAUUCGUAUGGAGAAAGAACUCCGUGCACAGCAAAUUCUCGAGGCAAAAAGAAAGAAAAAAGAAGAAGCGGCCAAUGCCAGAAUAUUGGAGGCUGAGAAACGAAACAAGGAGAAGGAGAUGCAAAGACUGCAAUCUGUCAUACUGAAGCACCAGGAGUUGGAGAGACAUAGACUAGAUAUGGUAUGGGAGAGGGAGAGGCGCAGGCAGCACAUGAUGCUCAUGAAGGCUGUGGAGACUCGUAAGAAGGCAGAGGAGAAAGAGCGUCUGAAAAAGGAGAAGAAGGAUGAGAAACGGUUAAACAAGGAGAGGAAACUAGAGCUCAGAAGACUGGAACUGGAAAAAGCAAAGGAGCUGAAGAAGCCAAAUGAAGACCUGUGUUUAGCAGAUCACAAGCGGCUUCCAGAGUUGUCACGUAUCCCUGGUCUGGUCUUACCAGGAAGCACCUUCUCCGACUGCCUGAUGGUGUUGCAGUUUCUGCGCAGCUUUGGAAAGGUCCUGGGCAUGAAUCUAAACAACCUCAACUUAAGUGACCUUCAGGAGGGGUUACUCAACAUCAGGGACAGCAUGGGCAAGGUGCAGGACCUGCUGGUUAGCAUGGUCUCUGCAGCUGUGCGUGAUCCUGGUUUACCUGCAGGUCACAAGAGCAAAACCGCCUUGGGGGAACACUUGACUAAUGUGGAGAUCAACCGAGACAAUGUGUCAGAGAUCCUGCAGAUCUACAUGGAGGCCCAUUGUGAGCAGACAGAGUCAGCUGCGCUGGCCCUCAGCCUCAGGACUAAAGCUUUUCAGGCCCACAGUCCGUCUCAGAAGGCCUCCAUGUUGGCAUUCCUGGUCAAUGAGCUCUGCUGCAGUAAAGCUGUGAUAAGUGAGAUCGACAAGAACAUUGAUAACAUGACCAACCUGAGGAAGGAUAAGUGGGUUGUUGAGGGAAAGCUGCGCAAACUGAAGAGCAUCCACACCAAGAGGACAGGGAAGAGAGAAAGCAGUGUGGGAGGAGAGGACAGCCACACCUUUGUCAUCCCCACUGCCCGAAGCAAAUGCAAGAGGAAAGAAGGAGACAGUGAGGAAGAAGAGGACGAGGACGAUGACAGCGAGGACCAGGUAGACGAUGACGAGGAGGAGGAAGAAGAUUCUGGGGGAAAGAAGGGGAAGAAAGCAGAGAUAUGUGAAGAGGAGGACGACAGUGCGCACUCGGCCAGCGUGGAGGAGCUAGAGAAGCAGAUUGAGAAAACGUAUAAGCAAGAGAGUCAGAUCAGACAGAAGCUGUUGGACUCAUCGCACUCACUGCGCUCCAUGGUGAUUGGACAGGACCGCUACAAGAGGUGUUACUGGGUCCUCCCACAGUGCGGUGGCAUCUACGUUGAGGGCAUGGGGAGUUGCGAAGGAUAUGAAGAGUUGGAGAUAGAGGAGGAAGGACCCGACACUGCUCAGGUGAUCAGGGUAAAGGAGGAGCAGCUGGAAGAGACAACGAUGCCAGCGGAGUCCAGCCCGGCACCGAGCACAGACGGAGAUACCGCCACACCAGAGAGCCAACAGGACAAAGACUGUCUCAAUCUCUUCCUCCAGAAACCUGGCUCCCUAUCUAAGCUCAGCAAACUCCUUGAAGUAGCCAAAAUGGCCCACGAUUCAAACAGUCAUUCGGCUAUAAUCCCUAGCACUGGAUCUUAUCACUCACAUCCCACCCCUCAGAUAGGAAAUUCUCAUAGCCCCCCGCCUGCAACCCCUCAGCAGGGACUUGCUUAUAGACCUGAUAUUUUAGUGCCCUCUCUGCUCAGUCGCCCCCAGCUCAAAAACAGUUCCUGGCUAACCUGUAGCCCUCAGUCCGUCCUUGUGGACGAGCAGCUCGCCAAGAUACUGAUGCAAAAGAGCAGCCAGUGGUUUAGCCUCUUGCCUCGCUCUCCUUGUGACGAGUGCUCGGUCACCUCUGGCUCCAGUCCUCCAGCCUCCUCCACUUCUCCACAGACCAUGAGCACCAAAUCCCCCCCUUCCCUCUCCCCUAAUCCCCUAGCUACAGCCAGCUACAACGCUCCUGCUGGGAUCAAUAACAUACAUUCGCCUUUUCUUCAGCAAGUUAGGUCUGGCAUUCAUCAAAGCAGACCGACACUGUGUGACCUGUCCAGUGCAGCGACAAGUCCCGGCCUGCCCUUCCCUGGCACUUCUCUACCCCCCAUGCUGGAUUUUGCCUCCCAGCAUGCAGAGGGUAGUGGGAGCCAGGUCCUCCUCCUGGUGAAUAACAACACUGUCAACAAGAGUGAGACCCCAGACGCCCUGAGUGACAAGCCCCCUUGUGCCUCAUUCCCCGCUGUGGAUGUGGCCAAGACCCAGGACUACCCAAGACCUCAGCCUAUCCCUGAGGAAAUGCUGCACGGUUGGUGGCGAGUGUCAGACAUACAGGAACUGCAAAGCCUGGUUAAGGCGCUCCAUAGUCGAGGCAUCAGAGAGAAGGUCCUACAGAAGCAGUUCCAAAAAAAUAUGGAGUAUGUGACCCUGCUCUGUGCCAACAGCAAAGAUGCGAUUGAUGUGGCGGAGCUGGAGAGGCAGGAAGUGAGUGAGAAAACAGUGGAGGCUUGGUGUGUUGAGGAGCAGGCCAUGGACGUGGACAUCAGCCUGCUGCAGAAAGUCGAGAAUCUAGAGAGGAAAGUCGUCUCUUCCAGUCUGCAGAUCAAGGGUUGGAUGCCCCCUGAGGCCCAGUCAGCGAGGGAGGAUCUGGUCUAUCAUGAGCACAAGCUUGUCUCUUCCCCAGCUCCUGAGAACAAGUGUCAGAGAGGAACCAGCCCAGAAGAACUUCUUGGCACUGUGGUGCGUUGGCCUAACAAUCCCCUUGAUAUAGCUGUCAUUAGGCUGGCAGAGCUGGAGAGGAACAUCGAACGAAGCAGUGAGGAGGAGGUGGCGGCUCCUGGGAUGAGGUUGUGGUAUAAAGCCCUCGGUGAAGUCCGCAGCUCAGCUCAGCUGUCACUCUGUAUUCAGCAGCUGCAGAAAUCCAUCGCCUGGGAACGGUCCAUCAUGAAAGUGCACUGUCACCAUUGUCAAAAGGGGGAUAAUGAAGAACUGCUCUUACUUUGUGAUGGCUGUGACAAAGGCUGCCACACAUACUGCCAUAAACCCAAGAUCACCACAGUACCUGAUGGUGACUGGUUUUGUCCCUACUGUGUUGCAAAGGAAAGUGGUCAAUCUCCCUGGAGUAGGAAGCAACAGAACCGAACAGCUGGAGGAGGAAAGAAAGGCAGUGAUGUAAAACGAAACGGUAAGCCAUCUGCGCUAGGAGAGCUCAUCAAAGAGGAGGCUUCCAGCAGCAACAGUGUGCCAAAGAAAAGUACCAAGGAGUUCAAGAAGAGAAAGGGAGACGACAGCCCGCCCAGCUCCCAGGCCAAGCAUGAGAGCCCCGUCCCCUGUGCAAAAAAACCCAAAGUGGCCAAAGACGACACAAAUGUGCUGCUGAUGUGCAAAGUGCUGCUGGCUGAGCUGGAGGCCCAUCAGGACGCGUGGCCCUUCCUCAACCCGGUCAACCACAAAGCUGUGCCUGGAUACAAGAAAGUCAUCAAGAAGCCCAUGGACUUCUCCACCAUCAGAGAAAAACUCUCCAACAACCAGUACUUGAAUUUGGAGACAUUCAUCAUUGACGUGAACCUGGUUUUUGAUAAUUGUGAAAAAUUCAACGAAGACGAUUCAGAAAUCGGACGAGCCGGACACAACAUGAGGAGAUUCUUUGACAAACGAUGGACUGAACUGCUGAAAUAAAAAAAUAAUCAAGUGUGAACUUUCUGUGCUCCUCUCUACAUAUCAAACAUCCUCUUUGGUGUUGGAGGCCUUCUCUUCACCUGUGACACUUAUCUGUAUACGGUUGUAAUCAAAACUGAUGUGCAAUGUGAGAGGACAAACAAUACUGCUGCAUCUGGUGCAAAAAACAUUUCCUGGAAUUAGUAUCUUCAAGUGCAAUACUGUUUUGUUUAUCAAAAUGUACUGACCCUUAAACUCAACAUUGGGAAUCAAACAUUUCCACUGUAGAUAGGCCAUAGACUCUUUUUAUUAUCAGCACUGCAGUAUAGCUUUGUGUGUGUGUAUUUAUUUUUCAAGUAUUUAUGUUUACAUCUUUUGUAAGAAACAGUAGGAAAUGGCACACAGCUUUAACAAAAUCUAAAGAUUGUUUUAUGGACUACUGAACAAGCCAAUCAAAAAAGAAUUGUUUACAGCAUUGUGUUCAUUAAUUGUAUUAACUACUAGGGGAUGUGACAGACACAUGUAUAGUGUUGAUUUCUAUCAAUGUUUACAUUUCUGAAAUGUAUAUUGUAAAUACUGAACAGUCUCAUGGCACAUGUCGUCAGUGCGUAAGGAUAAUUGUAGCAUUUAAUUCAGUCUGUCUUACACAUUGCCGAUACUGAACAUCCACUCGCUCACUGGUCUCCUCAGUAUUGUAGUGCCUGACCUCUGAACAGUGUGUGGAGUGUUUAUUUUUUGUUUUCAGUGUGUGUAACUAUGUAUGUCCUGCACAAUAUACUGUAAAAAAACAAAAAAACAAACCUACACAAGAUGUAAAGUUCUUUGAAUUGAUUGAUGUGGUGCAUAGUGGGUUUCAUCUCCGAGCAGUUCCUUCCUCCAGGAGUCUUGUCAGACUUCCUGUGGACAGCAUGAAACCUGCCCUGGGCUUUAAUCCAGCGGGAGUUGGACGGAGUCACGGUCCACUGGAGGCGCCUCAAAACAGCUGAAGUCGGAAGACUUGAAGUAACUGUAUUUUAUUAUGAACAUUAUGAAAUCGGUAGCAACUUUUGUAGGCAUAUUAUUUUUAAAAUGGUGAAUGUGUGGUACUGAUAAAAUAAACACUUUCUUUUUCAAAUAACA